AUAACAUGUGAGGUUAUUUUGAUUUUGUGUGUUAUUUUAUUAUACAACAUUUUGCUUAUUUCAAAAGAGAGCCUAUUUGCGUUAAUCUUAUAAAAUGUUAUUGAUACCUCGUGGCAAGCGGUUAUUCAAGUUAUUAAGCAAUUCAGCUUUACGAUGUCGAUGUAAAUCUGAUCAGAUUAGUGCGCCGGUGAAAAACAAACUCAAGGAUGGACCAAGUUUAAAGGACUUUAUAACAGCUUCAACUGGAGUAACAGAAGUGAUAACACAUCCUCCUCACAUACCAUAUUUACCUGAUAGUAUUCAGGAUACGUCAAAACGAAAAGUUUUCUUCGAUGUAUUCGGCUGCCAAAUGAAUUUGAAUGAUACGGAAAUUGUGUGGUCAAUAUUAAAGAAAGAUGGUUUUGUAAGGACAAACGUAGAAGAAGAAGCAGAUAUAUUUCUCGUUAUGACGUGCGCUAUCAGAGAAGGUGCGGAAUCGAAGAUUUGGUACCGAUUAGAUCACUUGCGGGGCUAUAAGCGCCGAAGGGCUUUAUCUAAGAACAGAAACAAACCAGUUAAGAUCGGUAUUUUGGGUUGUAUGGCUGAACGGUUAAAGGAGAAACUUAUUGAGAAAGAAAAAGCAGUAGAUGUUGUUGCUGGACCAGAUAGCUACAGAGAUCUGCCGAGACUGUUAGCUCUCACAGACAAUGGGCAAACAGCUGUAAAUGUGUUGUUGUCUUUGGAUGAAACCUACGCAGAUGUGGUGCCUGUUAGGUUGAACCAGGAUAGUGUUUCUGCUUUUAUUUCAAUCAUGCGUGGAUGUGACAACAUGUGCACCUAUUGCAUAGUGCCGUUCACGAGAGGCCGCGAGAGAUCGCGUCCAGUGGACUCCAUAGUGGAGGAAGUACGGCAACUAUCUGACCAAGGGGUGAAGGAAGUGACGCUGUUGGGACAGAAUGUGAAUAGUUAUAGGGACGUAUCGCAGAGGACUGAGAAGUUUGAGACGAAUUUAGCACCCGGUUUUAAAACGGUAUACAAGAGCAAAAAGGGUGGCAUGAGAUUUGCAGAUUUGCUUGAUAAAGUAUCAGCUAUUGAUCCCGAAAUGAGGAUUCGAUUCACAGCCGCUCACCCUAAGGACUUUCCGGAUGAGGUUUUACAAGUGAUAGCCGAGCGUCCCAACAUAUGUAAAUUACUGCAUCUGCCCGCACAGUCGGGCUCGAGCGCUGUGCUACAGCGCAUGCGGCGCGGGUACACGCGCGACGCGUACCUGCGGCUGGUGCAGCGGGCGCGCGGGGUUAUACCGAGCGUGGGUCUAUCUACAGAUAUGAUUUGUGGCUUCUGCGGUGAAACAGAUGAGGAAUUUGAAGAGACCCUCACUUUAAUGAAAGAGGUUAAUUACAAUGUGGCUUUCCUUUUCCCCUACAGUAUGAGAGAGAAAACUGCUGCAUACCGUCGCUACCAAGACGACGUUCCUGAAGAGGUUAAAAAAGAGAGACAUAAUAGAAUGAUCGAAUUGUACAGACGGACAUGUCAACAAUUAAAUGAAUUAGAGAUUGGCAAUAUCCACCUAGUUUUAGUUGAGGGAGUGGUACCAAAAUCUGGAAAAAUUAUUGGCAGAAAUGAAUUCUAUCUAAAAGUGCUUUUCGAUCAAACUUCUUUGCCCUCAAGUGAUGGAAAUAGGGAAGUGAAACCAGGGGAUUAUGUUAGUGUAAAGAUAACUUCGGCUAGGUCGUCAGUGUUGAAUGGGGAAGCUUUGUAUCAUACUAGUAUUAGGGAGUUUUACAAAGAAUUUGGGUGGGCCGAUAGGCAUAAACUUGUAAAUAAUUUAUUAGCAUAAGAAAUAAAAAUGAUCAAAUUAGAAA